UGUGCGCAGCUGCCGCCGUAGCGUGGAGCCGCAGAUGGAGCCUCCCCCUGGCGCCGCAGAAAAUUCUAAGCUGAGACAUGUAGAAAAAGAUGUUUUGAUUCCACAAAUAAUGAGAGAGCGAGCCAAGGAGCUGUGUUCAGAUAAAGUACAAGCAUUUACUAAAUGCUGUCAAGAAACUGGUCUUCUUAUGGUGGUGAAGUGCCGGCAAGAGAACACAGCACUGAAAGAUUGUCUGGUUGGCUACUAUUCUGAUCCAUUGUUUUAUGAAGAAUGCAAAACAGAGUAUUUGAAGCAAAGAGAAGAAUACAGAGCAACUGGAAUUAAGAAAAAAAGACAAAAGCUUACUUCAAAUGUGUAGUUAAAAUGAACUUUUCAAAUUUUAUAUCCAACUUUGAUUUGACUUGAUUUAAACAGGCUUCAAUCAUCUGUAACCCUCUGUGUGGAAUUUAACUGAAAUACACAAAAUGAGAUGAACGGAGAAUAAAACAAUCUCUGAACUUAGAAGUAAAUUGUUUACUUUUCUGUAAUUAAAGAUAGAAAGCACGCAGUCACAGUUUGCAAGAGAAGUUGCACAGAUCUGUUCCUCUGUCUGGACUUGAGAUUUUGUUAUCAAUUUACAAAUGGCCUUUUGGAAUUUAAAGCUUGUGUGUAGUUAUGUGUGGCAGGCCACACAAAAACUUAAGGGUGAAUAAUUUAAGUUGUAUUAACUGAUUACAAAUCAGGUAUGCAUUAAAAUUGGUCUGUCUGUCAUCUGAAGCUGAGGGUGUGUGGAGGUGCUCUUGAUGCUCUUACUAGAAGAGGAAAGUGGCAAAUGCAGAAGAGUGUAGCUUCUUGGACCAAUUUGAUUUAUCUUUUUCAUGAAAACACUGAGUCAUAUGAGAGCCUGGUAGUACUUUUGCCUACACCGUGACUCAUUUUUAAGUCUAUGUUGUCAGAAGAGAUGGAUGUCCCAUGCUCGUGUGUAGCCCAGACUGAGCCUUUCGACUCUAGUGGAAAAAGUCGUCUGAUCUAGACCUUCCCUGAGAAUGGGAGAAGGCAUGCUGAAGGCAAAAUCUUUGAGAGCAGUGUCCUCCCAUGCUUUCCUCUUUCAGAAUGAAAUGAUUGUAUAAGCUUCCACACUUCAGGAGUGAGCGAGUGACCACACUUCUAAAAUUAUUGUGGGUAGAGGUGAGUAAACAACUAAACUAGGUAUAUAAGAUGCACUUCUUGCAGAAACGAAGCAUAAGCAAGUCCCUAUUUAUAAGGGGGCGUACAAAGGAUCUUUUGUAUAGUGAUACUUGAAGCUGCUUAAUUGUAGAACUCCCAAAUGCAUAAAUGGCUUCACUAGAGAUGGUGAGUAAAACUUUUUAUUACUAUUUUGGGGUAUCUUUUGAAGCAUUUGGAAAUAAAAAAUUUCUUUGCAAGUAAGGAAAGGCUGCAUUUAGAAAACUUACUCACAUGGUAACUUCAAUGCCCUGAUUUUACAAAAAAAAAAGCUUUUUGCCUGAGUAAGUAGUAGGAUUUGUUACUUUUCCAUUGGAACAUGCAAAAUUUGACUUGUUUAUUUUAGUAGUUUCACUACAAAGCCAAUACUGCUCUAAAGCUGUUCAAGUAGGAAAUUCAAAUCAGACUUUGAGACACGUGUAUGUGAAGUACUUAAGUUAACGUUGCAGGUUAGUCCUUGCUUUUUAUUCUGUGCCUUUUACUGGAAUAAUCAAUAAUAGUGUUGCUUUUGCUGUUACACAGCAGAUGGGCUGGAGGAUUAGGGAAUGCUUGUGAAUGAAAAAGAUGGGUAGCAUUCUGCCUUGUUGGGCAAACCUAAGCGGCACUCAGCUCUAAAACUAACCACCUUAAAAUAGCUUCUGUGGAAUAAAGUUUCCUACACCUGUCCUUGCUCUUGGCUCCUCAGUUCAAGCGUUUUGGAAGACAAAAAUAUUCCAGAUCAGUUAGUGGGAAAUUAGUUGUUUCCCUGUAUGUAUUUAAAAAAGAAGAAACUUAAGGUAGAGUAGUGACAUGUUUUUUUAAGGACAGCGACUGUUCCAUUAUCCCACUAUGAAAAUCUGCUACAUUUUCAGCCUCUGGAAAGCGAGCCUGAGUGGUUGUAAUUUUUGUCAAAAGCACUUCCAAAGAGGAUUUGGGCUGGGGUGAGCGUUGUUUUAGAGGUGAGUGCUGUGUGCUGCCAGUGGUAUGUGCCUGCAUAGAGGGCUCACCUGGGUCUUACUCCGGUUCAUACCACAGCUGGUGAAUACAGACAACAGCACCAGGAUUGGGCUUCUCCUUUUCUGGCUUAGCAGAAAGUAUGUUCGGCAGGUGAGGGGGAACCCCAGUGCACUGACUAGUACUGCUGGGGAGGAAUUAAUGCCUGUAGUGGGACAAAGCCCAGUUUAACCUGCAGGUGUUACUUCCCCACCAUUCUAUACAUGCUUUAUGGGAAGGACUGUAACAACUCAUGUCUGCGCCGAUGACCAGGCUCUACUGUCAAGCCUGAAAUUGCAUGUACUGCGUUAUGCUGUCAACCAUUCAUUUCUCUUUACCUGCACUGUUGUGUGUGUAAGGAAGAACUGGGUUACUGCAGCUCCUCCUUUGUUUACCGUGGCACUUACCCAGCUCUGGCAUCAACUUCCUCUGUAAUACACCCAUGGCCUUAAUGUGAUGUUUCCUAGUUUUGAAUUCUUGAUUUCACACCUUUCACUUUCUUGUGCAGUAUCCUGUAUUUUAAUUGCAUUUCCAUCAUUUAAAUAAAGUUUAAAUGAAAGAAUGAGUACUAUGAAGUGACCACC